AUGUCAUCACACACUUUCCCAAAAAAUGUAGAAAUGCGUGAGAAGUGGAUGACAAAUUUAAUCUUGAAGCCAUACAAAAAAACAGAAAUCAAUAAAUUACGAGUAUGUUAUAAACAUUUCAAAGAAACUGAUUAUACCGGAAGCCAACUUCGCAGAUUAAUUCGGGCUGCUGUUCCUCAUAUGGCAACAGAAAUAAGUGAAAAACAAACAAGUAGUGGAUAUCAAGAUCGUGAUAUGAGACAUGAAGAACAUAUAGAUAAGAUAUCAAAAAAACAAGAAAUUGCUAUACCAUUACAAGAGGAUGUGAAUAUAUUGUCACAACAACAACAGGCACAACAAGAAAAUAUAACACUACUGCAGAAAGACGUAGAAACAUUAUAUCAUAUGCAAGCACAAAUACAAACACAACAUCAUGAUCAAUUACAAGAAAUAGUGAAGGAAGUAGGAUCGCUGAAAACACAAUUGCACUUAAAAUCGCAAACAAGAAGACCAAAUCUUGCAGAAGUAACACGGAAGAAAAGUUUGUCUCCAACGGCAAGAAAAUUUUAUGAUAAUAAUAUAAAACUCCAAGCACAGAAGAGACGUAUGAAAUUAAUGAUUAAAAGAAUAAAGCAACAAAAUGUAAAUAAAAACGUUACAUUAGAAAGAAGAAUAGAUAAAAGCCAAGAAGAUAAGACAACAAAAAUCUGACAAAACUUUAUAAAUGUGAUGUUGAGAAAUAAUAAUGUUCCACUACAGGUAAUAUAAUCCCUUCCUCAUCUUUCACCUUUUAAAUUUUCCCCAGCAUAUACAAAUAUUCGAUGAGAUAUAAUGCCUUUAAUAAU